CUUAAAACAGCCCAAUCAGCACGGACGGGACGGCGUGUGGAAAGGGCAUGGGCCAACUGCCAUCCACACCACUCCAUAACUGGAGACCGCACUCUUGGCUAUAGAUGCUUCUUCGCUGCAGGAGCACUAGUCAUAUCGAUGCAGAACAUGAAGCAGUUGAAUCGGGCCGUCGUCCCCGCGCUCUUCUCUCUGGCUCUGCUGCUGCACGCGUGUGGCGCGACUGCUGCGCGAGUGGCUGUGUCGAGCGCGGUAAAGGAGCAACACCAUGUGGACCGCGGCGACCAAGUUUGCGACACCUGCCUGAUUGCUAUGCGACUGCUAGAAGACGCCCUUUGCGAUGAUGGUGCCGUAGCCUUCGUCGUGGACCUGUUCGAGAAGCAACUCUGCCCCGCCACCCCCGACAAGGAUGAGUGCGAGCAGCUGGCUGAGGCUUUCAUCCCAGUGGCCAUGCAGUGGCUGCGCGCCAGCGAGACGCCGGCCAGCUUGUGUGCGGCGGUGGGCGUGUGUGGUGCCGCACUGCUGGGAGACCCCACCUGGGACCGGAAGCACGCUGGCAACCUUCAGCAGCUGACCGCCAGCCGGGCAAUCGCGACUGCCGCUUCGCACGGCCACGGCGGCGGUAGCAGCAGCACCAGUGGCGGUGCCACAACGAUGCAGUGCGCCACUUGCCGCCACGUGGUGGAGUCGGUCAAGGCGGCCGCAGAGGCCCGCGGCGAGGACGGCGAGGGCGGCCUGAACAGCCCCGCCGGCGCGCACAUGGCGGCGCGGGCGGCGUGCGCCGGCCUGCCGGGCCCGCUGGCGGCCGCAUGUAGUGACGAGGUGGACAGGCGGAGCGCCAUCCUGCUGCUGGCCGUGGGCGGGACCGCAGCGGACCGCGACACGGCUGAGGCGUGCGGGCUGCUGGGCAUGUGCGGCCUCAGUGUCACCACCGCCGGUGCGGCAGCGCCUGGGACUGGUGGGCUGCUGGGCAGCCGGCGCCUGCCGCCGCUGCCGCCGGCGCUGGCCAAGGCGCUAUCGGCCAGCUGGCGCGGGCGGCUGGGCGCGGCACAUACCCGGCUGGAGGCGGCGCUGGGUAGCCCGGCCCUGAGGGACACGCGCUGCACCGCGUGCAAGAUGGCUGUGGCUGAGGUGUCGCUGCUGCUGUCAGACCCGGCGGUGCAGGCGUCCAUGCUGACCUACGCAAAGGCCGUGUGCGACGCCGCGCUGCCGUCCGCCUACACGCCCGCCUGCCGCAUCGCCGUGGACGCCUACGCGCCCAUGAUUUUCGCGCUUGUGCCGCAGUACGUGCAGCCCGACCCCGUGUGUGUGCGGCUGGGCAUGUGCCCCGUCCUCAGCGCCGUCGAGCAGCUGGUGCUGUGCGGCAAAGGCGUCAAGGCGGUGGCGGCGGCUGGCGGCGAGCUGGUGGAGGCGGUCGCGAACCUGCCCUAGUUGCGAGCUGUGUAACAGGAGGUGGCGUAGAAGUACUGGAGCAGAUGAGUUGAAAGCAUGGUUGCGCCCACACUCGACGGGAAUCUGUAGGACUAUUAUGUACCACCAGAUUGCGUUGAAUUCACAUGGUUUUGGGAACAAGUCGCUGCCGCAAGGCACGAGCCAAUACGACGCUCAUAAGCCUGCGUACCGUGGCAUGUAAAAUCUGCACUUC